AUGAGGAGUGCUUGGUGCAGUGAUCUCCAUUCCCUACCAGUUCAGCUGCAGACGUUGCAGAGACACACAGCAAAAGUCAGUUCUCCAUCAGGCCUCUUGGAGAUGUCUCUCUUCUCUGUGGCUAUCCUUUUCUCAUGUGUCCUUGUGGCUCAUGGUUCCAAGGCUUGUCCCCAUCUGUGCUUCUGUUAUGAAUCCUCCAGUUUCGUGGACUGCCACAGUCGGCACUUGGCCCAUAUCCCUCAUGGCGUCCCUCACAACACGUGGAUGCUGGACCUGAGGCACAACAACUUGAGUGGGCUAGAGGGAGGCUGCUUUGAUGCUUUGUGGUCUCUGAAGAUUCUCCUCUUGUCUCACAACUCCAUUGCUAGGAUCUGGCUCAACGUUUUCAAGGCCCUGAGCUCCCUGGAGAAGAUGGACCUCAGCCACAACCUCCUUGUCCAUCUGCCAUAUGACUUCUCAGAUGACUUGACUUCCUUGAAGGAUCUCAAGGUGGCCCACAACCAUUUGGGAGCCUUGCGUUUUGAAAGCCUGCAGUAUCUGGAAAGCUUGGAGAAGCUGGACCUGAGCCACAAUCAGGUGACUUCGAUUGAGAGAGGAACUUUCCGGGGCCUGUCCAGACUCCGACACCUCUACCUUCAGUCUAACAUGCUUGUGGUCGUCCACAACGGCUUCUUCUUCAUGCUCCAGAACCUGGAGAUCCUGUUGCUUCAUAACAAUAACAUCAGCUCCAUUGAAGUGGAGGCUUUCACUUCACUGCAUAGCAUGAACCUGUUGUCCCUGACUGGCAACCAGCUCAUCCACCUCAAAUUUAAGACCUUCCUGAAUAUUCGGAGUAUCAGCACCCACAUCCAGCUCGCAGGCAACCCAUGGGCCUGUGAUUGUGACCUCCAGCGGGUUUUUGUCAAGAUCAUGAGUGUCCGGCAUCUCCAUGUGGAUGACUAUGAGAACAUCACUUGCGCCAGUCCCUGGCAAUUAACCGGCUUGCCCCUCACUUCUGUGGACAGCCAGCUGUGUGUUGCAGAGACAGCCACUGUCCUGGUUAUCACCAUCACAGUCUUGGUGACAGUAAUUGCUGCCAUUGUAAUGGCAGAGAGGAACAGGAAGAAGAGCCAGGCGAAGAACUGGAAUGAAUUGGAAGGUCCCUUCGACUCACAGGAGAAAUGA